UUCUAUUGGUGCUUCAAGUUUUUCUCACCUGUUAGUGUCAAUGACACGUGGGCAUUCACCAGCGUGCCAUGUAAUGAUUAUAAAACAAAAUACUCAUUGCUUGACUUUCAGUUGAGUGGUUGAGCUCAUUGAAUAUUCAAAACCGUUUCAGUUUAUUUAUUCAUUUUUUUUUAAAGUUUUCGUUCUAAGAUGAAGUCGAUAAUUAUUUUUUCUACUGUUCUACUCCUAUCAGUAGUUGCAGCGCAUGGUGUUAACUUAAAACAAGUAAAAUGUUUAGUUUGUAGAACAGUAGUUGAUGAAUUCAAACAUGAAGUGAACAAGAUUGACCCAAAAAAAAAUAUUGAAAUUGGACAAUAUAGAUUAGAUUCUAAAGGAAAUGCUGUACAAAGAAAAGUUCCUUUAGCUUUGUCAGAAGUGCAUUUAUCGGAUAUGCUUGAUUCAAUUUGUAAAAAAAUGGAUGAUUAUGUGCGAGCUACUUAUAAAUCUAAUGGUAAAUUAACACUUCUUAAACUGAUUACUGAUGAAGGAAUGAAUCCAUUAAUGGGUGAAGUAGAUAUUAUACAAGAUGGUGACUUAAACAAGAGCUUAGGAUACUUUUGUACAGACAUUGUGAAUGAGCACGAAGAUACUUUCAUAGAAGUCAUCAGCAAAAAAGAAAAAAACGCCAAAGACAAAAUCUGCACAGAGGUUGCAGAGUAUUGUGGAGAGUUUACAGAUAGUAUAGACACAAAUGAUGAUGACGAUGAAUCUGAUGAUACUGAAGAAAAGGAAAGCCAAGACUAUGAUAAAACAGAACUUUAAAAGAAAUUUUCAGUGAACAAAAACUGAAAUAUCAAUGACUGAUGUACAAAAAUUAGUAUUUUAUUUAUAAAUUUACAGGGCAUUUUGAAAUGUUCUUGUAAAAAUAUCACAAUCUUUAUCUUUUAUAUAC